AUGAUGGCUCCGGAAGUCCGGAGGAUGUCCACCGACACCUCUGUGGCAUCCGGACCUGCACACACUUCUGGAGGCGGGGACCAAUACAAAAAAGAUGCAGAGGAGGAUGGAGAGAGAAAUGAAGGACAGCCAACAGGAGAAGGAGAUCUAAUUGCCAGCUCUAAAGAUGAGAAGGAACAAUCGGCAGUUCUCAAUUGUUUUUGGAAAACUGAAAAAUCGGGAGACGCCAAAUCCAGCUUGUGUGAUACGUCAGAUGAUCAGAAUGGGUUCUGUAAUUUUCACCCGAACGACAUCAGCGAUAUUCGCUGCUAUCCCAUGAGACUGAAAUUCCAUGCUGAUGUUGUCACUUUCACUGUCCAGAAAGAAGAAAGAGCAACAGAAGUGCAGGAAUUCAUCACGUCAAGACAUUACCCGGAAUGGACGCUGCAGAGAAAUCACGCCAUCAAUUUGCAAGAUGAAUUUAACUUCAUCUUCCUGACAUCAUCGAUGACUGCCAACCAGGCUCAAAUCAGUGGGCUCCUCUAUAACUGCUACAAGUUCGCAAUUUCACGGGAAAUUACUUACUAUACAGCAGUUUUUAAGGCUUUACAAAUCUACGUAUCAACGAAAAACAGUCUACUACUGAUGAGAUCGAGUUGUUGUUGA